CUGACACUCCCAGCUGUUCCACUCCCAACAGAGCGCUCAGCGCUGAGCAAUGUGAUCCCCGGCUGUCAGACUGGGACACUCGCUGGUGCUGGGAGUUGCUGUAUGGGGGGCAGCUGCUAAGUCCCCUGUGCCCUGUGCCAGCCCUCUAUGGGACCCUGGGAAGAAGCUUCACAUGCCGUCACAUAGAAAUGAGAAGCAAGUGACCUACAAACCCAGGUAGUUGGUAUCUAAGCUUAGCUCCUGGAUCUUCAUAAGCAACAUGGGAGAAAAUGAAGAUGACAAGCAUGGCCAAGCUGGUCAACUGUUUGAAAACUUCAUCCAGGCCACGACUUGUAAAGGAACCCUGCAGGCCUUCAACAUUCUCACCCGCCAGUUGGAACUUGAUCCUCAGGACCACCGGCACUUCUACACCAAGCUGAAGUCUAAAGUCACCAGCUGGAAAGCCAAAGCCUUGUGGAACAAGCUGGAUAAGAAGCAUGGCCAGAAAGAGUACAAGAAAGGCAAAGCUUGUAUAGGCACCAAGUGUUUAAUAAUUGGAGGGGGUCCGUGUGGCCUUCGCACUGCUAUAGAGCUUUCCUGCUUAGGAGCCAAAGUGGUGGUGGUGGAGAAGAGAGACACCUUCUCACGGAAUAAUGUCCUUCACCUCUGGCCUUACACCAUUCACGACCUCCGGUACCUCGGAGCUAAGAAGUUCUAUGGGAAGUUCUGUGCGGGAGCCAUCGACCAUAUUAGCAUUUGGCAGCUCCAGCUGAUGCUCUUUAAGGUCGCCCUGUUGCACGGCAUCGAGAUUCAUGUGAAUGUGGAAUUUAUGAAGCUGCUGGAACCUCUGGAGGAUCAAGAGAACCAGAAAACUGGCUGGAGAGCAGAGUUCCUUCCUCAGGAUUACCCUCUAUCUGAUUAUGAAUUUGAUGUCAUCAUUGGUGCUGACGGGCGCAGAAACACGCUGGAAGGAUUCCGGAGAAAAGAAUUCCGGGGGAAAUUAGCCAUUGCCAUCACUGCCAAUUUCAUCAAUAGAAACACCACGGCAGAGGCGAAGGUGGAGGAAAUCAGCGGCGUGGCGUUUAUCUUUAAUCAGAAAUUCUUCCAGGACCUGAAAGAAGAGACAGGGAUUGAUCUGGAAAAUAUUGUGUAUUACAAGGACAGCACCCACUACUUUGUCAUGACGGCAAAGAAACAAAGUCUCUUGGACAAAGGCGUCAUUAUAAAUGACUACGCGGACGCAGAAAUGCUUCUAUGCACAGAGAACGUCGACCAGGACAAUCUGCAAUCUUAUGCCCGCGAGGCAGCCGACUUCGCCACGAACUACCAGCUUCCAUCCUUAGACUUUGCCAUUAACCAUUAUGGACAGCCAGAUGUGGCCAUGUUUGAUUUCACCUCCAUGUACGCCUCUGAAAACGCAGCCCUUGUCCGUGAGCGGCACGGGCAUCAACUCUUGGUGGCUCUUGUUGGCGAUAGUUUGCUGGAGCCGUUUUGGCCAAUGGGGACGGGCUGUGCAAGAGGUUUCCUUGCUGCCUUUGACACCGCCUGGAUGGUACGAAGUUGGGCUCAAGGGGCCCCACCAUUAGAACUCCUAGCAGAACGUGAGAGUCUGUAUCGACUGCUCCCCCAAACGACCCCAGAAAACAUCAGUAAGAAUUUUGACCAGUACACCAUCGAUCCUGGGACUCGCUAUCCGAACCUCAACUCAAACUGCGUUCGAACGCACCAGGUCAAACAUUUGUUCAUCACCAAUGAACUCCAGACUUGUUCCCUGGAGAGAGCGAGUUCUAUCAGGCGGUCGGUUGGAGUCACCAGGCACGAGUCUGAUGUCAGACCCAACAAACUUCUGGUCUGGUGUCAGAAGCAAACGGCGGGAUAUAGAAAUGUCAGCGUCGCCAACCUCACCAGCUCGUGGAAAAGCGGCCUUGCGUUGUGCGCCCUUAUUCACCGGUUCCGCCCAGAACUUGUUGACUUCAACUCAUUGAAUGAAGAAGACAUGGUGGGGAACAACCAGCUGGCAUUUGAUAUCGCAGAGAGAGAAUUUGGAAUCUCUCCCAUGACAACAGGCAAAGAGAUGGUGGCCACGGAGGAGCCAGAUAAGCUCAGCAUGGUGCUCUACCUCUCCAAGUUCUAUGAAUUAUUUAGGGGCGCACCUCUAAGGACAGUCGAUACAAUGAGCAGAGAUAACGGGGACACCCGAUCAUCCAAGCCAUCCAAUCUAAUAGUGAACAAUUACCUCAACUUAACGCUACCAAGAAAGCGGGUUCCAAAGGAUGAAAAGACGUCAGAAGACAGUGAACUGAACAAGAGAAGAAGGACAAUCUUCCGUUGCUUUGAAGAGCCCCCCAAUAUCCCAAGCAGAAAUGUGAAUUCGGGAAACGAGUGCAACGACACCAAAGAGGUCAUCAAUCAGAACAAAGUGAAGUCCAUGGCGACGCAGCUACUUGCCAAAUUCGAGGAAAAUGCCCCGAAUACGUCACUGCGGCGACAGUUCCAGACAGUAGGUAGGACACAGCCGGUGGUCAGACCACCCGUACAGUCUAGGCUUGCACUGGCUAAACUGACUCGUGAGCUGAGGGUCGUACAGAGAGUGGAAUCCCACCCAGAUGACCUGGAAAGGAGUGAAUCUUUCUCUUCUGCCUGUCCCUCUGCUCUUCUCCUCUCUAACAUUCUCCAACGCCUCCAAGAUCUUGAAGAGAAAACUCAGCAGAAACGGGCUCAGAAUUUAUUAAACAGCGAGUUUCAGAAAAAGAACAUAAAGGAGAAGGCUGCUCAUCUGGCCUCCUUGUUCAGCUCUGUGGAUUUGCCCAAGAAUAAACUUCCCUCCCAUGGCUUAUCCCAUCACUCACCCCAAAUCCCUUACAACAGCUCCCGAACUCCCGAUCCGCCUCCUCUUCUUUCAUCUUCAUCUGCUUCCGAAUCAUCCCCCUCUUCUGUGCCUACUAAAAAGAUUAUAGCGCUGGGGGGUAACACUGAGAGUCAAGCUGCUAAACAGAGACUGUUUUUCCCUGAUCCAGAACAGAUGACUGUAGGAAAGGUUUCCAGCGGAAUCGGCGCUGUGGCUGAAGUUCUUGUCAAUCUUUAUAUGUGUGAUCACAAACCUAAACCUAAGUCUCCUGAUUCGGGGUCACUACGAAAAGAGUUUCCUGCCAAUAUUGGAGGGAGCGACACCUGCUAUUUCUGCAAGAGGCGCGUCUAUGUGGUGGAACGGCUGAGCGCCGAGGGGCACUUUUUCCACCGAGAGUGUUUCAAGUGCGCCUUCUGUUCCACCAGUAUUCGGCUGGGGAAUUACGUCUUCAAUGUAGAAGAAGGUAAAUUUUAUUGCCAGCCGCACUUCAUGCAUUCUUUCUCCAAGAACAAACAUCGGAAACGCAGGACAGAGUCAAAGGUGCAGGAGGAGGACAAGACGUGGAAAAGCAGUGAGGCAGAAGCUGCUGAAGUGGCCACAGACAGUGCAUACAGCGCCUGCAGCAGUUCCGGGGAAAGCUCUCCAGAUGAACCCACUUCACCUAAGAAGUCCCGAGGGAACCAUCAGUUUAAAGACUUUAGAAGAAGAGUCUCAUCGGUAGAGUGGAAAUCUGUUCGGAUCGCUUCUCAAGUGGAAGGAGCAGGACACAACCUUCUGGCCGAGCGGGUCAUGGUCAUGACUGAUGAGAGCAGUUCAGACAUAGAAUGUGAAGUGUUUGAAGAUGUCCCAAAUCAUCACAGUAAAGAACCCUUGAGAAUACCAUCCCUUUGCAUUGCCGGCCACCAGCUGACCCAAGCCAAAGGCACGGCAACAAGGAAUGAUGCUAGUCAGGAGUACAGCGACCAGUCAACACCAUAUACCACAACUGUCCAUGCACAAAGUAACCAGUCAGUGGCUUCCAGCAAGCAUCACAGAUGGAAAAAGAAGGUUCAGUCGACUUUUCCAUUGAUUAUUGCCAAAAAGUCAACUCAUGCCUCAAGGGAAAGUUACAGCCCGGGCAGUUCUCCAGACGAAGAGGUUUUUGGGAGAAAUGAGCCCAAUGGGAAUAUGAAGUCUUCAAAUCCUCUGGGCAGGGAGGAGAGGAACCCAGAAGUAAUUUCCUAUGUUCCUCAUUAUAAAGAGCAGCAGGACAGGACAGCACAUAAUGGCAUUGGGUUGCCUGGAACUGCUGAGCAGCAGGUUCCAGAUCACAACUGGGAGGUUAAUACCUACAGGGAAUAUAAUCAACAUGGCUCAAGGGAAUCUAAAGGUGCAGAGCAAACAGGCCACAGGUACCACGGAGACCCCAUGAAUUUAGAGGUGACCAGUACCAAAAACCCAACACUGAAAAAGUUGGUACUUUCUAAGGAGGAGAAAUCCGAUCUUCUGGAGUGGAGCUGCUCAGAACCCAGAGCUCCUGUGGGGAGCAGAACAGAACGAACAUCUUCACAGACCAAUUGCAAUCCAAGUGGAGAAACCGAGAACAAAAAAUCCACUUUCGCUAUUUUGUCUAAUGCAAUCAAAAGAUCAUUCACAAAAUCAAUCAGCUCUGCCCCAGAAUCACCCAAGAAAUCACCCCAAAAAGUCAGGCCCGAGUCACAGGGCAAUUAUUUUGACUUCCCCAGCUCAAUUUUUAGAAGAGGUUGCAGCAAUUUUGAAUAUGGCACCAAUGGCACAGAGAUGGAUUGCUUGUCCUCCACAAUGCAUAGCAACACAAUUAAUUGUCAAGAUGAAGGAAGAGUAUGGGAGAGUAGGCAUUCCCAAAAAAUCCACCAUGACCCCUCAAGUGUUAGACUUGAUGACAUACCCAGAAUGUUGGCCAACGUCAGUAUUAAAGAGAACCAGAAUGAUGGCACAAGUCGCAUUGCAUCUUAUAGAAGCAGGAAAAACUCUCUGUUUUCAUCACUGCGGCUAAAGAGCAAGGCCUCAGAGGACUCCCUGCAUGCCUCGUCCAAUGAGACAUGGAGUGUUUUUGGGAGCUUUAGAAGGAAACUGAGUGAUAAAGAACCCAGAGUUGCUUCGAAUCUUCCUUCUUCUGCACGGUCAGGUUUGGCGCUGAAGGAGGCAACAGAGAAUUCCAGCUCAUCGGAGGAUGAACUAACAUCCAACAACUCCUACUCCCGAAAGGCCUCACGGGAGUUAAGGCACAGGAGGAAAAUGGAACGAGAAGCCAAGAAGAAAGCAAAGCAAGAAGAGUUGAAAAGACUUCACAAAGCUCAGACGAUACAGCGGCAGCUUCAGGAAACGGAAGAAAAACUGCGGGCGCUGGAGAUUCAGGGAGUUAAGUUGGAGAAGGCUCUGCGCGGGGAAUCAGAUUCGGGUGCACACAGUGAGUCACAGCUUCUACAUGAAUGGUUCCAAAUCGCAGUGGAAAAGAAUAAAUUAAAUCGUUAUGAGGCUGAGCUCCUCUUCACGGCCAGAGAACUGGAGCUUGAAGAUCAACAAGGAAGACUGGAGCAGAUACUCAGAGAGAAGAUGCUGACUGACCCUGCACUGAAAGACGAAGCAGAUAAUGAGGAAGAGCAGGAGCUCUUUGCAGAGAUGAUGAAGAUUAUUGAGCAGAGGGACCAGCUGGUGACUUCUAUAGAAGAACAAAGGGUCCAGGAGCGUUCGGUGGAAUGGAACUUGCAAGGGCUUCAACUUUCUAAAGACCGUGAGCUAAAAAUGAGCCUUAUUCACAAGAAAAGAUUGCCUACUUAUAAGGAGUUAUUUCCUGAAAACUAAAAUGAGGGAUUCGGGGGGGUCUGCAAUCUUUGACUUGAAAAGUCUUCAUAAUGAUAGAAGCUUGGGAGUCUGGGUAGAAUUGGGCCAAGUUCCCCUGCCUUCUUUUGUCUAUAUCUACCAAUGUGAAUCCAGGAGACACCCUUGCGUUUGAGGUAAGAUCUGGUCAAGGCCAACCGUUUGCCUUAUUGGACUUCAUUGGAACAAGAGUCAAGCACAAUCAGGCCCGGAUCUGUGGAAACGCCAAUCCCCAUUGCUCCUGUCCCACUGGAGGGGACAGGGAAGACCAAUGGUAGUGGGCCUAGGGGCAUCCCCUAUGUAAAUCCGGCCCUGAGCACAAUGCAAUUGUGUGUCUCUUAGUACUGCAGCAUCGUUAUUAGGCAUACACCACGAUGUACUUGAAUGGAUCCCUAAUUAAUGAAGAGGGGGAUGGCCUCCACACAAUCCACUGGUUGGAAAUCAACCGCAACUAAGAGACAAUGUAAAAGUCUUCUGGGAAUUGUAGUUCAUUAGCGACUGAACUUGGAAAGUUGAGAAGCUGGAAAACUAAUCUUUACAAAUUUAUGAAUGUAAUUGUUUCAUGCUGAACCUUAACUUAGUACCCCACCCCAUAACAUUAAUAUCAGUUUCAGUGAUAUAUACAGUAAAUUAUGUAUUAUUCAGCUCUAUUUAAGCUCAGUGGAUAAGCUGCUGCACGUUUUGUUGUGCCUACUAUGUUUGACAUCAGUGUUAAGGCUGAGCUUCACUUAAGCCAUUUCCAAGUUUGUAUCAUGUGACUAUUUCUGAUUUAUUGUGUAAUAAUUGCACUGUGAUUGCAAGCUUCGGGGAACAGUAUUCGGCACCUGUGGCAGUUGAAUGGGUGGAAUUCAAUGAUAAAAAAAAUAACAGAUACAUUUACAUUUCUAUCACUCCAGAAAAUUGCAUUGUAUGAAGACCCAAACAGGAACCUUGGUGCACUGUAUAUUCCUGCAUUGGCACUCCAUGCUAUUAAACUGGGCUGCUGUUUCUUAAGGUGAGGAACAAUUGCCACAAAGACCUGCUCUCUGUGGCAAUUUAUGAGGAGUAAGAACUGAAGUGAAAGAGUAACUGAAGUUUAUCACGGCACAAGUCACAUGACUGAGGGCACCUAGAAAACAUGUCAAAUUUCAA